UGUAGUCAACAAAGUUGUGUAUGCCCCCUCAAGCGACGGGAUUAUGCGAAUGAAAUUAGCUAGAAUUGUGACUUUUUUUGUAGUGAUUUUGAACGUAAUAGUGCUAUUUUGUAUAUGGAAGUUAUUAUCAACGCUUGACAGGGGACUUUAUGAUUUUAAUCAAAAAACUGAUCUUCCUCCGAAGUCUACCAAUAUAUUUUCUGACGAUAGUAUUGUCACUUUAGUAAUACGAAGAUUCGAAAAUUUUGACAACGAUGUUGUUGGAACUGUUGAAUCAUUUCUACAUCUUUUUCCAAAUCUCAAGGUGGUUGUCAUUAGCGACGUUCUUCCUUACCCGCCCUUCGAUUUUCGGCACUUCAAUCUCUCUUCGAAAAUAAAGCUGCUGGAUUUGGAGCUAAGAUUAACUGACAAAUUUGGUGGAAGAAACCCUUUGCUGCAAAUCGACACAAAGUAUGUUCUUUUCGCCCCGGAUUCAACGCGGUUCAAAAGUAAGAGGACAUUGUCCAGACUUAUUCAAGAACUUAAAAGUGGUAUCUACAAAGUAUCUGCUGCGUCAUUCUCGUCAAGGAAACCCGCAGAAUGUUUGAAAGUAAAAGUAAAUGUGCGGCAGUGGUAUAUUCACUAUGCACCGUCAACAGACAACGUAUGUGAAGCAAUUACCGGUAAGCACGUAUUGUUGCUCGACAGGCAGUUGCUCGAAAAUCUGCCAGCACCGUUCUUGCUUCCAUUUCCCGAGGCGCUGUACAUCCAGUCUUCUGCCAGGAACGUAAAGGUGAAACUCAUACAUGGAGAGACUGUCACUGAUGGCAAACCACUCUUUAGGAGUCAGCAUUUAUUACAGAAGGUUGAACAAUUGGAAGCUGCAAGGCGCCAGCAGAUGUUUCGACAGUUUGGUAUAAAACAGGUGAUUCGUGAAACUGGUGUGACGGAGUGGUAUGGAUGUACUCGUGAAACGCCUCGCUGCUUUGGCACAGUUGUCAAUGAUAUGCCAGAAUACUUGUGGCAAGGUCGUUGGACACCCCCCUGCUGCCUGGCUGGCUUACGUCGUACUGCACACCAUGUUUUCAAACGUCUUGAACAAGACGGUGUACGUUACUGGUUAGAAGGUGGAACUUUGCUUGGUGCUAUGCGUUCUGGUGAUAUAUUGCCAUGGGAUUAUGAUGUUGACAUUGGAGUGCUGCGUGAUGACUUGCACCUUAGUCCAUGGCUUUCAGGUGCACGUUUGCAGCCAGUUAUUGAUGAAGAUGGCUUUGUGUGGGAGAAAGCACGUGAAGGAGACUUCUUCAGAGUACAGUAUAGCCCUGUCAAUCAUUUGCAUGUAGAUAUCUUCCCUUUCUACUCAAAAAAUGGAACAAUGACGAAAGAUACUUGGUUUCCCACUCACAAGCAAGACAGAGAAUUCCCUGAACAUUUCUUGAAGCCACUUUCGACAAUUGAAUUUAUUGGGUGUAAGGUGUCUGCCCCAAAUAACAUAAGGGAUUUUCUAGAAUUAAAAUUUGGGAAAGGAGCUGUGGAAAACCCGGAAUACCCUGAUCCAAAGUGGCUAAAGUUUUCACUUAAUGAAGAACAAAAUUACUUAACAGUUCCAGAAAACUGACUGAAAGCUCCUAUUCAUUUCCAGAUUAUAUGUUCUGUAUUAAUAAUUAGAACAAUGUGUCCUACAUUUUGCACAAAGCUGGAAAAGCUCAUACUUAAAGUAAAAGGACUACGCCCUUUGCUGAAAGUGUGUUGCAGUGUCUUUGUUCCAGUAUGAAACAAACUGUGAUAAAAAUCUUGCAGUAUUACUUUUUCUCUUCACUUAGGAGAAGGGAGGUUAAUGUUUGUUAUAUGUAUAUUUAAUAAUGUUAGCUACUAUGUAUGUAACAAGUUAACAAGUACCCUUUCCAUCAGUAUUAAUUCUUUGAAUUUUUAAAUGUCGAUAAUUAAGUAGCUGCUAAAACUAUACAUCAUAUUACCUUAUACAAUUCCCUUA